GGCAUUCUUAUAUUUCCAAGUAUAAAUUUCUCUCCUUAACCCACGUUUUUAUGACGGAAAAUGUAUUCGGCUACACUCAUUAUUUUCAUCGUUGCUACUGCUCACGCCGGUGUCGUGUAUCCGGUUUUGAUUGAAAACAGAAGCGGCAACUCAAGAGGCGCUGUUCAACUUUCUAAAGACUACGUCAUAGACUUGGAAGAACCCAGUGUUUUAGGGGACAGUCUGUAUUUUACCGAGGCUAGGUAUGGAGAGCUGAAUCACGAAUUGAUGAAUACUACAGACAUACGAAAUAGUGUUUAUGAAAAUGCGGAACACAAAGCUUCGUUUACAAUUACUGAAAUAGAUGCGGGAAUUGAAAUGGAAGGAUACCUAAACUUUACACAUCGAAUUGAGCCAUUGCGAAUACUUGACAAAUCCGGCCGAAUCCCUCACAAAAUAUUUCAGCUCCCUACCCCUGGGGAGGCAAUCCACUUGGAAAUUCCCGUUGAAGAACGUUCCGAUGAAAGUCUACCGUCGAAAAAUGACACUGCAGAGCCACCCACCGUGUGGCGACCUGAAAUGUACGUCAUGAUUGACAGUGUAAUACACAAGUCCCUCAAUGAAAGCAAAUAUCUACAGGCUCGAUACAUCAUAAGGCUAAUGAACAUCGUGAAUGCAAUCUUCAAGACGGUUCGCAAGCCCCGAAUAAACCUCCAGCUUGUUGGAAUAUUCCGGUUUCAGACGAAAGAAGAUGAGUAUUUUGUUGUGGAGGAAGAUAAUAUUGUCUCAGCGUUUGAGUCAGUAAAAGCCUUUGGACAAUUCACCGCAAACACCACGUUCGCAAGGCUUGCCGAUUUCUACCUGAUGCUCUUUGGGCGCCGCUUAGGGAGACGUAGCAAGGAGACUAACAAAUUAAUUCCUGAUCUUCACGGUAUCGCCUAUUCUGGAAUGGUCUGCGUGAAAGGCUGGAAUGUGGGAAUUUGCGAGGAUGAACCUCCUCUGUACUAUGGAUUCACCCAAAUAGCCCACGAAAUCGGGCAUAUGCUGGGGAGCACGCACGAUGGAAAUGGUCCCUUGAAAAGUCUGCGAAAUCAUCCUGGUGCUGUUGACUGCAAGUUACCAGAGAAAUACAUUAUGAAACCUCAAGGGCCUCUUGGACCGCCUUUCGCGUUUUCGCACUGUAGUGAGCUGCAGAUGCAAUUUGUUUUGAAGCUACGUGGAGAGCAAUGCUGGAAAACACAAUCCGACUAUGACUUUUUUAACGUCACCAAGGAGGUUGCGGGCCGUUUCUUCACCGCGGAGAGGUUUUGUCAAAACAUUAACCCGGAGCUAUACACUUGGGCCAGUAUGAAGAACUGCGUCAUAACGUGCCGUGAUUCGGUAUCCGGUAUGUACGCAACUGUGGACACCUACUUCGCUCCAUUUGGCUACCCAUGCGGGAAAAAUGGACAGCGGUGCUGGUUCGGAAACUGCACAAAUAUUGACCGUGAGGUCUCUUAAACAGUUAAAAGGUGGA